CUCCAACAUCGCAAUCCCCCAAGAUCCAGCAGACUCCCGUCUGAACCACACUUCACCAUGUCCGCACCCCUCUUCUGGUCAACGCCCCUCAAGUACUGCAGCUGGGCAGCCCGCGAGCGACCCGCCUUCUUCUGGUCCGUCGUCGUUGGUGCUGCUGGCCCGAUCCUGAUGCCCAUCGUCCCUCCCAUCCGCCACAUGCUCGGCGAUGUCGACCCUGCGCCUGUUCCCGUCACCUAUCCCGUCCCCGCCGGUCCUCGCAAACAGCUGACAGGCUACGACGACUAAACAUGCUGCGAAACAAAUACACCCAUAAAACAUCGAAUUUCCGAGUCGGGAAGUUUGCAUCAAAAAAGAGAGAAGAGCUGGAAUCGCAAAUAAGAGGUUCCUGUAUAUACUCACAACCACGGCGUUAUUCACAAUGUAAAAGAGGACAUAGGAGAGAGGGACCUUAGAGUCCGAAAAUCAGAGCAGAGCAGGAGAUGAUAUAAACCCUAAAUUCAACAAUUGAUGCAAAUUACAACG